AUGUCUUGUCAUUCCAAAGUGUGGAUGCUAGUAGUUGCAACUGCGUUGGUUACAACAGGAGUUGUGGAAGGGUUUCAUAGAUAUAUGGACUCUCGUGAUAACGUAAAGUCACCUCCAUCGACUAAACAAAUUACAGAAACAAAUAAAGACUAUUCAGAAGAACUAAUUCAAGAACAGUUGGCUCGUAACUAUGCAUUUUUGACGGAAGGAGGCAUGGAAAAGGUAAGAAACCAAAACAUUGUGGUUGUUGGUGCUGGUGGAGUUGGGUCAUGGGUCACGACGAUGUUAGUUAGAUCUGGCGUGGGUAAAAUUAGGGUAAUAGACUUUGACCAGGUUUCGUUGAGUUCCUUGAAUAGACAUGCAGUAGCAAACUUGAAAGAUGUUGGAAUAUCCAAAGUGGAAUGUUUGAGAAAUCAUUUAUUACAAAUUGCACCUUGGAUUGAAAUCGAUACCAAAAACCAAUUGUGGAACAUAGAUGUGGCCGAAGAAUUAAUAUUUGGCGAAGAUUUCAAACCAACGUACGUUGUUGAUUGCAUUGAUAAUAUAGAUACUAAAGUGGACUUGUUAACUUUCUGUCACGAAAAGAAGUUACCGGUUAUUUCCUCGGGAGGUGCAGCGUGCAAGUCGGACCCAACCAGAGUUAAUAUUUCUGAUAUAUCCAAGACUGAAGAAGAUCCAUUAUCACGUUCAGUACGUAUUCGUUUGAAAAAGAGAGGUAUUAUUAGCAGCAUCCCAGUUGUAUUCUCUGCCGAAAAGCCAGACCCAAGAAAAGCUCAAUUAAUGCCAUUAACUGAUGCCGAAAUUGCAAAAGGUGAGGUUGAUCAAUUAUCGGCCAUCAAGAACUUCAGAGUUAGGAUUUUGCCUGUUUUAGGUACAAUGCCAGGUAUGUUUGGAUUGACCCUUGCCACCCACCUCAUUACCUCCAUCUCAGGAUACCCGGUUGAACCAAUUGAGGGUAAGAACAGAUACAAGGUCUACGACGGAAUAUUACAGAGUUUGGCGGGUCAACAAUCUAGAAUUGGCAAAUUGGACCAAAGAGUUCCUAUCGCAUUGAACGACGUCAACUAUAUCUUAGAAGAAGUUUUCCACGGCAAGUCCCCUAUAUCCAACUACUCGACCAGGUUGACGUUAUCCAGAUGGGAUCCAAGAAAAGAAUUAUCUUAUCAAAACGUUGUUAUAAUGACGAAAGAAGAACAGAAGUUGCACGAAGAUAGGGUCUUAAAAGGUGGUGAACUAUUGACAGAAGUUUAUACAAAGGAAAUACUUGACAGAGUAGAACAAAGAUUCUCUGAAGAACGCUUCUAUUCUCAAUUCCGUUAA